AUGGAUUCUGACAAUAAAGUGAACCUAAAACAUGCCCAGCAUGCUGAGCAUAGUAACUCAAACGGGUUAUCAGCCAUUGCGAAAUUGGGUUUAUUUCCGAGUUCUCCACCUCCAAAAAGCGACGAACAUUCAACCGGUCCUGGCGAAGGUGGUCAAGCGUACAAAGUGGAACGUGAAGAGCUUCCACCAGGUGAACGUGAAAAAUUCGAUCAAGGAUGGAAGGUUAAUGCUUUCAAUCAAUAUGCUAGUGAUCGUAUCAGUGUUAGACGAUAUUUACCAGACUAUCGAGAGGGAAAGUGUAGAGUCGAUACAUACUCACCAAAUCUACCGUCUACAUCUGUGAUAAUCUGUUUUCACAAUGAAGCUUGGUCAGUUUUAUUGCGUUCUGUACAUUCAGUGAUCGAUCGAUCUCCAGCACAUUUAUUACGUGAAGUUAUACUGGUUGAUGAUUUUUCUGAUCUACCUCAUCUGAAAGAAGCACUGGAGGAAUAUAUGGAUAUGCUGAAAGUUGUUAAAAUUGUCCGUACCAAACAACGUGAAGGUUUGAUUAGAGCUCGAAUGCUUGGCGCGGAGCAUAGUACUGGUGAUGUGCUUGUAUUUCUGGACUCUCAUAUUGAAUGUACUACAGGUUGGCUUGAACCACUUUUAGAGCGUAUUGCUUAUAAUUCGUCAAUUGUUGUUGUUCCUGUGAUAUCAACAAUAAACGAUAAAGAUUUAAAAGUUUAUACAUCUAAACCUAGAGAUGUUCAAGUUGGCGGUUUUGAUUGGGGUUUAACAUUUCGUUGGCAUGAACAGACUCAACGUGACAAAAAUAGACCUGGUGCACCAUAUUCACCUGUCAGGACACCUACUAUGGCUGGUGGUUUGUUCGCGAUUAGUCGAGAUUACUUUAAUCACCUCGGAAAAUAUGAUCCUGGUAUGGAAGUAUGGGGAGGUGAAAAUUUAGAGUUGUCAUUCAAGAUUUGGAUGUGUGGUGGGAUUUUGGAAACUAGUGUCUGCAGUUAUGUCGGGCACAUAUUCCGUGGUCGUUCACCAUACAAAUGGGAUGUUAAAGUGAAAGAUCCUUUGAAGAGGAAUUUGCUUCGAUUGGCUGAAGUUUGGCUUGAUGAUUAUAAACGAUUUUAUUAUGCACGUAUUGGUUUUAAAACUGUCGAUUAUGGUGAUGUUUCAGAACGUAAGGCCUUACGGGAAAAUCUGAAAUGUCAUUCAUUCGAAUGGUAUUUAACUAAUAUAUAUCCAGAAUUAUUUGUACCUUCAAAAGCCUUAGCGUCUGGUGAUAUUGAAAAUGUUGCCGCUCCUCAGUGCUUAGAUGCACCAGUACCGAAUAAGAAAGAUCGUAAGACAGUGAUUAUUCAAACAUGGCCAUGUCAUAAACAGGGUGGUAAUCAAUUUUGGUUAUUAUCACCUGAAAAUGAGAUUAGACGAGAUGAUUAUUGUUGGGACUCGGGUGUACAGGAAGGAAGCAUUGGUUUGCUUCAUUGUCAUGGUUCACACGGGAAUCAGAUGUUCACUUAUGAAAAUGACAACACUAUUCGUCAUCAAGGCCAGUGUUUAGAAAUGAGACCUAAAUCUGCUUCAGUAAGACUUGCUAGAUGUACCGGUUCAGUAAAUCAACUAUGGAAAUUCAAUCGAAAGCCAUAUCUGCCAUCUAAAGAGAAUAAUGAACAAUUUUAA